GCCCGCCCUGUCUGCCCCGGACUGGCCACGGCCCGGAUCCCUGUCCCCAAGUCGCUUCUUGGGUAGCAGUUCCCGUUAACCUUAGCCACAAAGUCAAAGGUCACUGUCAAGGAAGCCCCUUACCCCAUCCUCAGAUCAGUGUGGGCUUGAGGGAUGCACAUCCUCUUCCUCAAGGGGACAUCUGAGAACCUCCUUGGCACAGAGAUUUCGACCUCCCCAGCACUGAUGCAGUGGGACGCCUUCAGGGAUGGAGAGCAGCCUGGCUGGCAAUGGCCCAGGAGAUGGACUGGCAAGGAUCAAGCAGGAGAAGUCAGAGUGGCUGCUGCAGACUGUGGUGUCUCAGGCUGCACUUCCAGAGAAAGACAAGGAAAACAUAUUUCAGCAGCCGGGCGGCCGCCCACUGUGCCAGACCAUGAGGCGACCCUGGGCUGUGGGGUCACAGGAAGAAGUUGGGGGUACAUGUUGGGCCCCACCCCCUGAGCAGGAUGCACGGUUGGCUGCUCGAGUUCCAGGGAUAGCUCCAAGCUCUCUGAGCUCCACACUUUCUGGGGGUGGGGGUCACUUCGUGUGCAUGGAUUGUGGGAAAAGGUUCAGCUGGUGGUCAUCCCUGAAGAUCCACCAGCGCACACACACGGGCGAGAAACCUUACCUCUGCAGCAAGUGUGGCAAGAGCUUUAGCCAGAAGCCCAACCUGGAGCGCCACCAGCGCCACCAUACAGGUGAGAGACCCUUCCGCUGCCUAGAGUGCCCAAGACGCUUCAGUCAGAAGCAGCACCUGCUCAAGCACCAGAAGACUCACUCUCGGCCCACCACCCAUGCGUGUCCAGAAUGCGAGCGCUGCUUUCGGCACCAAGUGGGCCUCCGCAUCCAUCUGCGAUCACAUGCCCGUGACCGCCUGGGUGCCCGUGUCAGCUUGCAUGAGAUGCUACGUUAUGCUGCACGCCGCCGGGCCUGUCGCCUGAGCCCUGGAUCCUCACGCGGGCGCCACGAGUGGGUGUGGCUGGGGCUCUACCAGGGCUGGUGGGGUCAGCACAGGGUACGGACAGCAGCCCACAGCCGCAUAUGUCCCAAUGAAAAACGCCAAUUCAUCUGCAGUGAGUGUGGCAAGAGCUUCACAUGGUGGUCAUCGCUGAACAUCCAUCAGCGCAUCCAUACAGGCGAGCGACCCUAUGCAUGCCCUGAGUGCGGCCGCUGCUUCAGCCAGAAGCCCAACCUCACCAGGCACCUGCGCAACCACACAGGUGAGCGGCCACACCCAUGCUCGCACUGUGGCCGCAGCUUCCGCCAGAAGCAGCACCUGCUCAAGCACUUGCGCACGCACCUGCCUGGAGCCCAGGCUGCAAGGUGCACCAGCUGUGGACAGAACUGCCCCAGCCGUGCCGCACUGCGGGCCCACCAGCGUAUGCAUGCUGCUACUGAGCUGCUGCGUUCGCGAUCUGCUGUCCAGGGUGGAGUACCCGGUUCAGAGCCACAAACUGAGAUUGUCCGGAGUGUGGCUGUGAAGCCCCAUGGUUCUCAGGGUGCCAAAAAAGUGCUGUGUGGUCAGGGGUGCAAGACCCUGGCUGUCCCCAGUGAGCAGCGCCAGUUCAUCUGUAAUGAGUGCGGCAAGAGCUUCUCAUGGUGGUCGGCGCUCACCAUCCAUCAGCGCAUCCACACUGGCGAGCGGCCCUAUGCGUGCCCAGACUGUGGUCGCUGUUUCAGCCAGAAGCCCAACCUCACACGACACCGGCGCAACCACACCGGCGAGAGACCCUACCUGUGCACUGCCUGUGGCCGUGGAUUCCGUCAAAAGCAGCAUCUGCUCAAGCACCAGCGUGUGCAUCGCGGAGCUCAGACACCACGCCCUGGCCCAGAGGAGGAAGAGCUGUAGUGUGUGCCACCUGUAUAGCUGGUGGUGGGGGUGAUAGAAUGUGUGCCUGCAGGGUAUUAUAUGGGGAAUAGAAGGGCCAAGGAUGCAGACUCUUGAUGGUCCUCAAAUUAGAGCCUAUUAAAGGCUCUUCGCGGUUCUGAGGCCUGAGGAUGUUAUUCCAGAAACAUCUCAAAGGAAGCCCGAAAGGUGCACAGCGGGGGAGGUGGGAUGGAAGCUGUGAGUGUCUGUGAUGAGAAUGUGUUCAUUAGUACACCAUUCAGAAUUAGCCCUGGCCUUAGGCACCUUCUGAAGGGCUAUGGGGGGCCCUAGGAAAGCCUCCUUGUGUGAAAUGGCCUGGAACUGAUCAACAUUGUCCUGUCACAUAGGCUACAAGAUGGUUAGAGGGGUGGUCCCUAUGGGAAGAUGGUCACAGAUUCCAGGAUCCCCACAAUAGAGCAAAGGCUUUGGCUAGCAGGGGUAAUUAUUUCCUCAGCAUCAAAGACAGAGCCUCUUGUGAAGCACUGGGAGAUUUGAUGGUCUCUGAGUGUCUUGCUGCUCAUGGUGCUCUAGGUAUGGCAGGCCUGGCCAUAGAACGGAUAAUGUGUAUGAUGAUUAAGGGAUGAGGUACAUGGUCUCAGCCGUAGCCUGGCUGCUUGAGAAAGUGGCUGUGCAAGAGUGGGGUGUCUUGUUCCAAGUGUGUAGGCUUCUGCGACUAACUUGGAGAAAAAUGAAGGACUGAAAUUCCACAUGGUGUUGCCGUCCUUUCUGAAUCGUCCUUACUGGAGACCAGAUGUGUGUGCUCCCUAGGAUUCCAAGGGUAUGGGAGUGGGGUUGCCAUU